AUGAUGCGAAGGAUUCAUACCUUCCAAUCUGAGGAAGGAGAGGGUGCCCAUGAGGAUUCAUUCGAAGAUUUGGAUUUCCCCUCGGAACAUUACGACGAUGAUGAUAACGAGCCCACUCCGUCACAGCAACCCGUGGAUCGGAAAUUAUUAUUUGUACCAGACAUUCAUGAACUUAAACUGGAUCAAGGAGAGAAACCACCACAUAAAAGGGUUUGCACUGCCUUUGUAUUCUUUGAAACAGGAAAUUUUUCCAUUUUUGUCAGUCUGAAUUUAGCCAUUCAGGAUGUUAUCGAGAAAAUUCCAAUGCGUGUACGAUCUCAGAGUUGGUUGAUACGUACCAGACAUCUGCUACAUGAAGAACGGGUGAGUUUCACAGUUUUAAUCUACUUAUUAUAA